AUGAGCGGAGACAACGUUAAGUUGUUUGUGGGCAACCUUCCUUUAGACGCGACACAAGACGAAAUCAACAAACUCUUUGCUCCCUAUGGCGAGAUCAACACCUGCUCCUUGCUCAGACAGUAUGCCUUCGUCACCCUGAAAGGAGAGGGAGCUGCCGACAGGGCCAUACGGCAUCUCGACGGCAAGGAGUACAGAGGCAGGCCCCUUGUGGUGGAGGAAUCACGGGCACGUCCUCCCAAUUCCACCAAAGUGUUUGUGGGGAACCUGAGUGCGACGUGUUCUGCAGAUGACUUGCACAGCCUCUUUUCAACUUUUGGGAGAGUUUUAGACUGUGAUAAAGUCAAAGGUGAAGCCCGAUUAUGUUCAAAUGUGGGCUACGCUUUUGUGCAUAUGGAAAGGAAAGAGGAGGCUAUGGCAGCUAUCGACUCCCUCAACGGGACCAUUUUCAAGGGCCGUCAGCUGGCUGUAGAGCUCUCCAAAGCGCAACCUUUGGUCAACCAGCUCAUGACAACUGGAGGGGGUAGAGAAGGUCUGCUUCCUCGGCCAGCUGGCUCGUUGGAGCAUCACCAGAGUCACGCUGCCGUACUCGCAGCAGCAGCAGCGGCUGCUGCCGGACUUCCAAUACAAGUUCAGCAAAGCGUCCACAACUCAUUUUAUAACACCACGUCCUUUGAUCCUACUUACGCCGCUUUGAGAGGCAUUACAAGUUCUAAAGGCGCCGAUGGGGUCAUAUAUGGUGCUCUGGCCAGCCAGGUUUAUGGAUCUGUCGCUGAUCAGGUGUACCAGGACAUGACUAAUCACACCGCUGUGCCCUCCGCUGAGGAUUACGAGCCUCAGAACACGCCGGAUCCAACAACGCUUUUUGAGGCCGCAAGAGCCAAGUUCUUCCAGGAGGGACAGAAGGUUCUGGCCGAGCAGCAAGCAGGGAGAAAAACAACAGCAGCAUCAAAUUCCACCACGUCAACGUUGACGAACACGUCACCUUCAGAAACGGACAGGGACCGCAGCCCGAUCAGAGGGACCCGGGCGCCCUUGCUUCCUGACCCGUCUCCAGGUUCCUUCACACAGAAUCGUGCCAAACGCCGGGCUCUCCUGCCGACGCCGCCCGGGAUACCUGAAGACCCUUCUGCUGUAACUGCUGAAGGAGCCGAUCCUAUGGCUAGAUCCUAUUCAGAAUACUACCAGCAGAUGCAUCAAUACCAACAGUACCAGACCCAGCACCAGUACCAAUACCUCCAGUAUGCCUACAACAAUCCUCCGCCCCCUCCUCCCCCGUCCUCAACAGAUGCCACCACCUCCGCCCCACCGCCCCCCGGGACAUACACGGCGUCAUCGUCCUACCCUGCCACCCAGGACUACGGACCCCCAGGCACCUACGAACCCCCCGGCAGUUACAACGCGUCGUCACAGAACUACUCCGGCAACUACGACGCCUCGGCCGCCUAUGAUUCAUCGGGAGGCUACAGGGCGGCGGGAGCGUACGAUACACCCGGAGCUUAUGCAGCAGCGGGAAGCUACUCCGCGACCACACCGUAUGAGCAGACACCCGCACACGGGCAACCCACGCCCCAGCGCAAUGAUUACCCUUACAACACGCCAGAACCUCCUUACCGAUAG